UGCUGCUACCUCGUAGGCGGGGGAGGGAGUCUGGAGUGUCAGUGCUGAAUGCUUGGGGGACUCCUGCCCCAAAGUUUCCCAGGAGCAGGUCCCACCUGCUCGCUCCCAUGACCAACAUGAGCUGGAGCUUCCUGACGCGGCUGCUGGAGGAGAUCCACAAUCAUUCCACCUUCGUGGGCAAAGUGUGGCUCACUGUGCUAGUGGUCUUCCGAAUUGUGCUAACGGCUGUGGGUGGUGAGUCCAUCUAUUCGGAUGAGCAAUCCAAGUUCACCUGCAACACACGGCAGCCGGGCUGUGACAAUGUUUGCUACGAUGCCUUCGCGCCCCUGUCACACGUGCGCUUCUGGGUCUUCCAAAUCGUGGUCAUCUCCACCCCUUCUGUCAUGUACCUGGGCUAUGCAGUCCACCGCCUGGCGCGCGCCUCGGAGCAGGAGCGCAGACGCGCCCUCCGUCGUCGCCCCGGCCCUCGGCGCUUGCCCCGGGCUCAGCUGCCACCGCCGCCUCCUGGCUGGCCGGAUACCACCGAUCUGGGCGAGGCGGAGCCAAUGCUGGCGCUGGAGGACGAGGAGGACGAGGAGCCGGGGGCGCCCGAGGGCCCGGGGGAAGACACGGAGGAGGAGCGCACAGAAGAUGUGGCUGCCAAGGGGGGUGGAGGUGAUAGCAAAACGGUCGUCACUCCCGGACCGGCCGGGCAGCACGAUGGGCGACGGCGCAUCCAGAGGGAGGGCUUGAUGCGUGUGUACGUGGCCCAGCUAGUCGUAAGGGCGGCCUUCGAGGUGGCCUUUCUGGUGGGCCAGUACCUGCUGUACGGCUUCGAGGUGCCGCCCUUCUUUGCCUGCAGCCGCCAGCCUUGCCCGCACGUGGUGGACUGCUUCGUGUCGCGGCCAACCGAGAAGACGGUCUUCCUGCUGGUCAUGUAUGUGGUUAGCUGCCUAUGCCUGCUGCUCAACCUCUGUGAGAUGGCGCACCUGGGCCUCGGCAGUGCGCAGGACGCCGUACGCGGUCGUCGGGGAACCUCAGCACCGGGUCCUGGCCCCGUGCAGCGCCCGCCUCCCUGCGCUUUCCCGUCUGCGGCCGCCGGCCUGGCUUGCCCUCCCGAAUACAGCCUGGUGGUGCGCGCGGCUGAGCGGGCGCGCGCGCACGACCAGAAUUUGGCUAACCUGGCCCUGCAGGCACUGCGCGAUGGGGCGGCCGCGGCGGUGGCCGCAGAUCGGGACAGCCCGCCAUGUUCAGGGCUCAAUGCAACCUCUCGGGGGGCACCCAGGGCGGGUGGCCCAGCUUCCGGAACCGGUAGUGCCACGUCGGGGGGCACUGUUGGGGAACAGGGACGACCCGGGGCUCAGGAACAACUGGUCACUAAGCCCAGGGCGGGCUCUGAGAAGGGCAGUACAGGCAGUAGGGAUGGCAAGGCCACUGUGUGGAUCUGA